CACAACAAAGCUUCAGAUCACAAACACUACACCUUCGAUCAACAGAGAAGCCGUUAUCUGAUAUUCUUUCAUCGUCCCGAUUUUCGCAAACAUGCAUCUACCACAGCCCAAGACCGCUUUCGCAGUGCCUGUCAUGGCAGCACUGCUUCUUUCUACCCCCGGAUCCCAAGCAAUGCCUAUGGCAAUGUCAUCUGUAGUCUCGGGAGUCAAGGCACUUCUGCCUCGUUCAGUUGAAGCCAGAGGCUUCAACGGCAUGGGACCCAUUACUCUUUUCAAUGCUGUGAAAGACUACCUCAAGGAUGCGAAUGCUUAUGACCCAAGUGUCCCAAACAAAUGCACCCUCUUCAUGGAGACCACGGAUGGUGGAAAUUGUAGAACAUCGAUCCAGUGCUUGCAAACCGAUAAGGCUGGCGUAGCCCUGCCCGAUUGGAAUGUCUGCUACUUAAAUGGCCGCCAGUUCUUCACGCAUCCAGAAAUCGGUGACUUCUCCAUACAAUACACAAAGGCGGGCGGUGUCGACGGCAACAAGGAAGACGGCCUCCACGACCCAAUCUUGCGAUUGAACAAUCUAAACAACAACGAAGACUUCAACGUGCAAAGCUUUAUCGACCAAUCGGAGGGACAACACGGCAAACUGUGCGAGAAGACAAAGAAUGUGAACCGCGGUAUUGUUUAUAAGUGUGGCAUCCCGAAAGUGGGCACCGCUGCCUUUGGCCUCAGCAUCUUCAAACCUGUGGACCCCAGCCCGGGCUUCACUUCCGGCUGGUGCACCAUGCAUGUUAUCCAACAUCAACGCAACGAGUAUGGCAUUGGCGGAGACUACGCUUUCGACGUCAUUGUGUACGAUGCCGCGCACAAAAUCAUCGGACUUGUGCAGCGCCAGCCAAUUGAUGCAGGAUCAAAGACGCUGAGUGUUACAAGUCAUUUGCCCUUGACCGUCGGCAUUGAGGCCAAGGGGGGUGACGGCGAUGCAGUAGUGUUUAGAUAUGGGGAUCAGACGUGGAAGAGUGGAGAUGGAUCGCACCAAAACACUUUCGGUAGUGGCCCGAGAAAUGGGUUUGAGUACGGAAACCGGGAGGGUGAUAUGGGAUUUAAUUGUUGAAGUGCGCAAUACAGAGUAGAGUUCUUUUUGGUUUAUGUAGAAUUCAAGUCCC